AUGGAUUCAAAAAACAAUGUGACUUACUUUGUCCUGUUGGGCCUCACACAAAAUCCAAAGGGUCAGAAAGUUCUUUUUGUUUUGUUCUUGCUCGUCUACAUUUCGUGCAUGGCAGGCAACAUGCUCAUUGUCCUGACUGUAUCUGUGAGUAAGACCUUGAACUCUCCCAUGUAUUUCUUUCUUGCUAGCCUAUCGUUGAUGGAUAUUAUUUAUCCUUCUGCUGUUUCCCCCAGGCUGAUUUUAAGCUUGUUAUCUGGGCAAAAUUCUAUAUCCUUCCGAUUUUGCAUGACCCAGCUUUUUAUAGGGCAUUUUUUUGGUGGAGCAGAGGUUUUUCUGCUGUUGGUGAUGGCUUAUGACCGCUAUGUGGCCAUCUGCAAGCCCCUGCAUUAUUUGUUUAUCAUGAAGCAAUGGGUGUGUGUUGUAUUUCUGGUCGUGUGCUUGGCUGCAGGCUUCCUCCACUCAGUAAUUCAACUCAGCACUGUCUACGGUCUGCCAUUCUGUGGCCCCAAUGUUAUUGAUCACUUUGUCUGUGACAUGUACCCCCUGUUGAAACUUGUCUGUACUGACACCUAUGUCGUGGGUCUCCUAGUUGCCGUUAAUGGAGGAGUGGUCUGUUCUUCUGUGUUUCUGCUCUUGCUUGUCUCUUACACUGUCCUCUUGCGCUCUCUGAAGAACCUGAGUCAGGCAGGGAGGAGGAAGGCCCUCCAGACCUGUAGCUCCCACAUCACUGUGGUUGUUCUCUUCUUUGUUCCCUGUAUUUUCACAUAUGCAAGACCUGCAAAGACCUUUCCCAUUGACAAAUCACUGAGUGUGUUUUAUAUAAUCAUCACCCCCAUGCUGAACCCACUGAUCUACACCCUGAGAAAUUCAGAGAUGACAAAUGCUAUGAAAAAGCUCUGGAGAAGCUUGAGGAAAAUAUGUUUGACAGGAUGA